UGGCAGGUCCGUCAGGGGCAUUAUUCUCCUCUCGCCUGCCAGGAAAUUAAAAAAAAUAUCAUGGCAAUCACUCAGCUCAGCUGAGCUGACGAAGCAGCAGCAGCCAACCAACCACCGGGAGAAAAGCAACCAACCAGUCCAUGCCUCCCACGCUUCCCCGAUUCCAAGCACUAGUCAGCUGCCAUUCCGUUCCAUCCAUUGGCUAUUUGGCUCCACCCCCUCCCCCACUCCUCAUCACUCUCCGUGCUCUGCUCUGCUCUGCUGAUCUGCUCGAAUCGGCGCGGGUUCCAGUUGACACGCCGCGAGCGCCAAUGGCGGCCGCCGCGGUCCUGGUUGCAGUACUGGCGCUGUCCUGCCGCGCGGCGUCCGGCAUGGCUACGGCAGCUGUGACGGCGGAGGCGGAGGCAGACCGCAUCGCGAGCCUGCCGGGCCAGCCGCCGGUCAAGUUCUCCAUGUACUCCGGGUAUGUCACCGUCGACGCGGCCGCGGGGCGGGCGCUCUUCUACUGGCUCAUCGAGGCGGCCGGCGCGCCCGCGGCGUCCGCGCCGCUCGUACUCUGGCUCAACGGCGGGCCCGGGUGCUCCUCCGUCGGCUACGGCGCGUCCGAGGAGCUCGGCGCCUUCCGGAUCAACCCCGACGGCAGGUCGCUCUCCAGGAACCCCUACCCCUGGAACAAAGUGGCCAACAUGCUGUUCCUGGACUCGCCGGCCGGCGUCGGCUACUCCUACUCCAACACCACCGCCGAUCUGUACACCGCCGGAGACAACAAGACAGCUCAUGAUGCGUACAAUUUCUUGGUGAAUUGGUUGGAGCGGUUUCCGCAGUACAAGCAUCGCGAUUUCUACAUCACAGGAGAGAGCUACGCAGGUCACUAUGUGCCUCAGCUGUCUCAGCUAGUAUACGAGAACAACAAAGGAAUUGAAAAGCCAAUCCUAAAUUUCAAAGGCUUCAUGGUUGGGAAUGCGGUAAUUGACGAUUACCAUGACUACAUUGGCACAUUUGAGUACUGGUGGACGCAUGGGCUUAUCUCCGAUGAAACCUAUCAGAAGUUGCGGUUGGCCUGUGAAUUUGAUUCAGCAGAGCACCCCUCUAAGGAGUGCAACAAGAUCAAUGAUAUUGCUGAAGCAGAGCAUGGGAGUAUUGACGCAUACAGCAUCUACACGCCCACUUGUAAGAAGACUUCACUUCAUAAGCGCAGGCAAAUAAGGGGAAGAACGCCCUGGUUGCCGAGAGGAUAUGAUCCCUGCACCGAAAAGUACUCCGAAAAGUACUACAACUUACCCGAGGUGCAGAAAGCUUUACAUGCCAAUGUCACUGGAAUACCGUAUGCCUGGGUAGCCUGCAGUGAUCCAAUUUAUGACUACUGGAAAGAUUCACCGAAGUCCAUGCUUCCUAUUUAUCGUGAACUUAUCGCGGCAGGCAUAAGGAUAUGGGUCUUCAGUGGUGAUGCUGAUUCCGUUGUCCCCCUCACCGCGACAAGAUACUCCAUUGAUGCGCUCUCUCUACCAACAGUGACAAACUGGUAUCCUUGGUAUGACAAUGGAGAGGUUGGUGGAUGGUGCCAAGUGUACAAGGGCUUGACACUGGUAACAGUCCGCGGUGCAGGGCACGAGGUUGCCCUCCACCGUCCACGGCAAGGCCUGAAGCUAUUCGAGCACUUCCUGCGCGAUGAGCCCAUGUCCAAGGCUGUAGAUAGCAUUCAAACGUUUUAGAAUGUGCUAUCUCGAUUGAUGGAGAAGAAAAAACAGGCUGCGUCAAGCCAUGUAGUUGUAAAAGCCAUGGUGAACGCAUUUCGCCUGCGCAAUAAAUCGACGUCGAUCGGCCGUCACAUCUUUGCCUUU